GCACUCCGUGUUGCGACUUCUACAAUGACCGCAGCAAGGUCUUCUGCGACAACUUCGGUACCAUCCAGCAGUUUUCCCACUGCCCAACCGCACCCUGGGCCUGUCGGCUAAAGCUUGGAGCAGACGAAAACGGCAAUGUCAGAAUCGACGAGCUUCGUGUCUGGGAGGAGCCUGUGUACGUUCUGUUGCUGAUCGUUGCUGGUGGGAUGGCCGGCCUCGUGCUGCUGAUCGUCAGCUGUGGCUUCGCCUGCCGCCACUCUCAGCGGGUCCAAGCCUGCGGCCUCGCCGUCUGGCGCUGCUGCCGAUACCUCGCUAACAAAGUGGGCUGCUGGCGGCGCUGCAAGAGUUGCUGCGGAGCGUGUUGCUCAAGGUGCAGGAGGCUGUUCCGCACGAGUCCCACAGCCGAGGAAAGAGCAAAAGAGAGACGAGAGGCAAGGCAAGAGCAGGAGCGACAGCGGAAAGCUGCUUUCACGAACGAACUGCGCCGGUCGCAAACAUUCGGGGAGUUGGACCUGACGCGGAACUCUUGGAAGAAUUCUCUUCGCCGCUGGAGCCUGACGCCUGAAACGGCUCCGACUCCGAAGGUUCUGAUCCCAAGUCCUGUGAAGAGCCAUCCCAGGCAGAAGCGCAAGGCCAAGAAGACUCGCGUGGAGCGUUUGAAGGUUCCGGAGGCCGAGGAGGACGAAGCAGGUGGCAUGCGGACAAGCAGCAGUAAUGUCGAGGACACCAGUGACUCAGAGAAGUCUUCGCAGGUGUCCAAGCCUGAUGUGGGCGACAUUCAUCCCUGGAGCAUCCAAGAUGUGUUGGAACAGGAGGCCGAAGAGGCGCCUGCACAAACAGGCUCGCGACCGGCAACCAAGAAUCUCCAGAGCAUGCUCCGGCCCAUCAUGACGCCCAUGGAGCCGCAGAGGCACCCGAUCUCACAUAAAUUCGGCUUGCAGGACUCUUUCGCAUCUACGACAACCAGCUUUGCUUCAGGUUUUGCUUCUGGCUACGACACGAGAUCCUCGUUUGGUGUCACUUCGAUGUCCGGAGCCGGCUCCCAAGUCGGUGGAAUGGCACAAACCUUCUCGGAAGGCUUCGGCCUGCAAGCAGGACAUCACAAGUCGCUUGGCGAAAGGCAGAGACGGAAGCGUCGUGCCAAGGAUCGGCCCCGACGGGGUCCAGGCAGCCAAUCGCGCACAGCAUGGGCCGGUGAGGACAUGCAGUGCCUUGUUGGCGAGGAAGAGAUGCAGCUGUUACGAGUUCGCUUCAUCAUUCUCCGCCAUUCAGAUUUGGCCUGGAUUCCGGAAGACAGGUGGGGCAGUGCACGUGCGAAGCUGGCGAAUUUGUCUUCUGCACAUUGCGAUUACGCACUGGUGUUUGCCAUGCGCAUUAGUCGUCUUCGGGCAGCUGCAACUCGAUGGGUGCAGACACAAGCCGCAGAGCUGCACGGCGUUUCCGUGCUCGGCUCCUCUCCAGCUUUGGUCUGGGCGCACGGACUUGGAGGCAGCUGCGAGGCAGAUGACGCAAGGGGCGUAGAAGAAAUCUUGGAUCCCGGAAAGUUGGGUAACCGCACUGUCCUGCGGCUCGACCUGCGUGGCCACGGCCGCUCGGCUGGGGCUCACGACCCAGGCCGCGGGCAGCAGCAGUAUACCUGGCCCGAGUUGGCCAAGGACCUGCGGCGAGCUGCCGCAGAUUCCGUUUCCCGGUGCUUUUAUGGCGGCGAAGCAUUGGGAGCCGCCGUGGCGUUGCACGCGGCCGUAGCAGCCACCGCGACAGGCUCUGUGGACGCCCCACCUGGUUUGGUACUGAUGCGGCCGCCGCUCGCCCUGGCACAGGUUGCCCGGGGUGAGGCGGACUCGGCCUGGCAGGAGCAGCUUCUGCGACAGGCUGCGACCCUUGAAGCCGAGGGCUUCGAGGGUCUAGAGGCCUUGGAGGCCACGCAAAGUGGACGGCCUCUUCUCAAUGGCGCUGCGGCCUUCUUUGCAGAUCCCAACGUCGAGCAGCUUUGCACAUUGCGGCGUACCAUGAGCAAGGAUGCGCUUGCAGCGGCUGUGCGGGGACAUGCAGAGUCUCAGCAGCCUGAUCUACAGUUGAUAAGCCGCCUCAAGGAGAACCUGGCAAAAGCGCCUUCAACCAUGGCAGCCGAUGCCUAUGGCGUGCCGUUGACUCCAGGCUGCCCUGUGCUUCUGCUGGCUGUGGCCGCAGAUGAAGAGCAUCCGGUGAAGGCGGCAGAAGAUCUGGCUUCUGCGCUGCCGAAUGCUGAACUGGAGGUGGCUGCAGACCUUGCGCAAGCAAGAGCGACAUGGGCCGAGAGGAUCGGCAGUUUCCUUCGUAAAGCUUGGAUGAAAGAAUUUCUGACGAAGCGUAUCAUGCCUCAGUGA